UCAGUGUGUCCGUGGGUUCCGCGGCAGCAGGAGUGGAGAAGCGGUUGCUGAAACUCAGCCGGCACCUGAACGCACCUGCGAUGCUCCUGGAUGCUCCUGUCCGCGCUCUCCUCCUUCUGUGCGGGGAAACUCUCCGAUGUGAGCUCGUCUGUGCGUAAAGGUGUCCGGCUCCGUCAUGGCCUAUCCUCAGGGGUUCCUCUUCCAGCCCUCCGUGUCCCUGGCUCUGCCCUUCAGCUCCGGGAUCAUCCUGGGUCAGAGGACCGAGGGCUCAGCCUUCGCUCCGUACUCCUCAUCCGCGACCUCCUCCCCCGGGUUCAGCUCCCACUCGCCGUACGGAGGAGAGCCGCGGGCCGCCGCCACCAUCAGCUCCUUCAUGAACCCGGGCUAUGAUCCGUCCUCGGCCGUCUCCGGAUCCUUGGACUACCAUGCCUUCGGGCCCCUGGGGGCCUACCCGUACGGAGACCCGACCUACAGGAAGAACGCCACGCGGGACGCCACGGCCACGCUCAAGGCCUGGCUGAACGAGCAUCGGAAGAACCCGUACCCCACCAAGGGGGAGAAGAUCAUGCUGGCCAUCAUCACCAAGAUGACGCUGACGCAGGUCUCCACCUGGUUCGCCAACGCUCGGCGGCGGCUGAAGAAGGAGAACAAGAUGACGUGGACGCCGCGGAACCGGAGCGAGGACGAGGAGGAGGAGGACGCCAUCGACCUGGAGCGCACUGAGGAAGACGACGAGCCACUGAAGCUGACGGAGGAGGAGACGGAGCUGCGGAGCGACAGCGGCGUCCAUCACUCGUCCUCCUCAGAUUCCAGCCGGUUGGCGUUCCAGAAGGACCCCGGCAUCGACCGGGCCCCUUUGGACCAGAGGUUGCCCCAUGUUGCGGCCCCUCCUCACAGCGGGCCCCUGGAGGCCCUCAGAGCCUCUGGAUCCGAGCGUACGUCAUCACCGAGCUCCUUGGAUUCUUGCGGCGCCACCCAGGGGCCGAACCCGGCCCCGAAACCCAAACUGUGGUCCCUGGCAGAAAUCGCCACGUCUGUGGACAAAAACACAGGAAGUAGCGACUCGCCGCAGAGCAGGGGGCGGAGCUCUCUGAGCCACGGCCCCGCCCUGCCGAGGCACCUGUACUACGCCUCCCCGUUCAUCCCUGGAUACUCCAGCUUCAGGCCGCUGGGGCCCCUGCAGGCCGGCCCCGGCUCACACAUUAACGGAUUACAGCAGAAGAUGCUGCAGCGGGCCGAGGCCGCAGCCAGGGACUGCCGCCUGCGCAGCCAGAGCCAGACAGAGCUGCAGGAGCUAAAGAGAGGCAUGACGAACGUGUAGCUGCUCAGAGAAUCCUGCUGAACUUUGACCCCGAGACAGUUUCACAGCUUUUCUAUGUUGAUCAGAUGUAACCUUUGUAGUGCGUUUCUGCACCCAACAUGACAUGUCAUUGAUUAAAAAAUAGUUUUAUUAAGAUGAAAGUGAGCGCCUGCGUUUGUUGGCAGAAAGUUCCUGCAGCUGCACUGCAAAAACAGAAAAACCAUAGCAAAUAUUUUCAAUCUGGUUUCUAGUGCAAAUGUCUUAGUGCACUUAAAUUAAGACAAAACUAAUUUACACUUAGCUUUUCAGCAAAAUGUAGGAGCUUAUUUUAAGUAAA